AUGAUUGGCAAGCCAAUUUUUGACACCCAUGGACAUGUGCUACAUGAUGGAAAGUAUGGAAUCUUUCCAUUUGUUUAUGAGACCAUUGCAAAGAAAAAUAGCAAAAACAAAGAAGCUGGAACUGUGGAAAUUAAGGCAACACAGAAUGUAAACAAGGAGGCAAUCAGGGCAAUGCUUCUCAAUAAUGUAAUUCCAGCAAUAAAAAUCAGAUGGGUUCAACAUUCAGUUCAUUUACCAGCCAGCACAUCACCUGACUUGAAUGUGCUAGAUCUUGGCUUGUUCAAUGUCAUACAAUCCAUACAGUACCAAUCAUUCCCUAAGAACUUGGGGGAACUCAUAGACAGGGUCAAAGAGGCUUAUGGCUUGUUUAAUCCAGUAUUGAACAAGUACUGUUGGAUAACACUACAAUGUUGCAUGGAAGAAAUACUCAAGCAUCUAGGGGGGAAUAAUUUUACCCUAACACACAAAGGGAAGAAAAGGCUGGAAAGACUUGGCUUGCUGCCAGAACAACUAGAGGUAGAGAGGAAUUUGGUUCAACAAGCUGUUGAUUAUCUUAACACUUUAUUCAUAUCGGCAGGUGAAGGCAAUGAAGAGGAUGAAGGCAUGAAAGUUGAUGCAGACUGA